AUGUUGUUUCAGCAGGACCAGCUGCUGUUCUUGGUUGUGAAGCUGGAGAGGCCGGACUUGGCCCGGACGAAGUCAGAGCUGAUCCAGCAGCAGAACGAGUUCAAGGUGCGCCUGGCCGACUUGGAAUCGUACUUGCUGGAGAAGCUCGCUGGCGCAGAAGGCGACAUUCUGGAGGACCAGGGGUGGGUAGGCUACCCAGUUUCAGGAGCCACCGCAAGGAGAUAG